AUGGUGAUGGAGAAAGAUAAAAAUGAGAAUCAAGAGCAAGUAUUAGAGGAUGUUGUACCUUUGGUAAUUGAAGCAGGGAAUAUGAUGGAUAUUGUUAAUAGAAAGAAGAAAAACCUGGAUACAAAAAAUUUGGUAGAUAAUAUUGAGGAUGUAGCAGUAGAAAGAGAUCUAUCUCCAAAAUGGAUCAGGUUGCUGAAGGACGGGAAUAAUAUUGAGGAUUAUAGGAGAAGGCUAGGAAUACAGCAUGUAGUAGUCAAUAUGUCAGGAAAGAUUUGGGAUUUUAUGGAGUCAACUAUGGAGUAUACUAUCAUCAGUGAUGAGGAACAACAAAUUUCACUCAGAUUGGAAAAUCAAAAUACAGGAGUAAUAGUUGUGGUUACACUAGUUUAUGCAAAAUGUACUCAGCUUGAGAAACUUCAGUUAUGGGAAUCUCUUGGUGUACUGACUAGUGUAAUAAAUGAACCUUUGACGGUAGGUGGAUGUUUUAAUGUUAUGAGGCAUGAGAAAGAGAAGCUUGGUGGAUUAUUAGUAACUUUUGAAGAGAUAGAAGACUUUAAUCAUUAUAUCAGCACUUGUAAUUUAGAGGAGAUUGCUUUCAAGGGGAGCAAAUUUACUUGGUGGAAUGGCAGAGAAAAUGGAGAGUGCAUAUUCAAAAGACUUGAUAGGUGGAGUAAGCAAACUUUUGGAAAUAUUUUUCAAGAGAUUGCUACUCUUGAAAAAGUGAUUAAGGUAAGGGAGAAGAAGUUUGAAGAGGAUCCAACAGGGGAUAUUAGGGCUACUUUAUUCAAAGCACAAGCAGAGUUAGCAAUGCAAAUGAAAAGAAAAGAGGAAUUAUGGAAACAGAAAGCUUGUUUUGAGUGGUUCAAGGAUGGAGAAAAGAACACAAGAUUUUUCCAUGUAGUUGUGAAGGGAAGAAGGUAA